GGGUGAACAAGUUUAUGUAAGUUUAAAAAUCCAAAAAUACGACAAAAUGGGUGCAUUUGAGAUGAGCUACGCCCAAAAGUAACCGAAGAAGAUCAUUUCAAGUAGAGCUGUAUGCGUUCAUAGGUCGCAAAUCUACUAGUAGAAAGCCUCUCCACCACCUGGGUCCUCAAUCCAGGUCUUGCCCGACGAUGGCGUCGUUGCAGUUCACCGUCCGAUCGUCCUCUUCGCUGGUUGUCGUCUUUCUCCUUGCUCUCGUCUUGUCGCCGUCGUCCGCAUCUGAGUCUGACCACAAGUAUGAAAAAGAUGAGCUAGUUACCCUGUGGGUAAAUAAAGUUGGUCCAUAUAAUAAUCCACAAGAAACAUACAAUUAUUUCAGCCUUCCAUUUUGUCACCCAUCUGGCAACAUGGCUCACAAAUGGGGUGGCCUUGGUGAGGUCCUGGGUGGAAAUGAACUUAUCGAUAGCCAGAUUGACAUAAAGUUCCGAAAAAAUGUGGAUAGGAGCACCAUUUGUGAACUUGAACUUGAUGAGCUAAAGGUCAAACAGUUCAAGGAUGCAAUUGAGAACAGCUAUUGGUUUGAAUUCUUCAUGGAUGAUCUGCCUUUAUGGGGCUUUGUUGGUGAGCUGCAUCCUGAUAGGAACAGUGAUAACAAGAAGCAUGUGCUUUUUACCCAUAAGAGCAUUGCUGUUCAAUACAACAAAGAUCAGAUUAUUCAUGUUAAUCUCUCUCAAGAAAGCCCAAAACCAUUGGAAGCUGGGAGAACAUUGGACCUGACAUAUUCUGUCAAAUGGAUUCCAACUAAUACCACAUUUGCACGUCGCUUUGAUGUUUAUCUGGACUACCCUUUCUUUGAGCAUCAGAUUCAUUGGUUCUCCAUUUUUAAUUCAUUUAUGAUGGUUAUCUUCCUUACUGGUUUGGUGUCCAUGAUAUUGAUGCGUACUCUCAGAAAUGACUAUGCAAAAUAUGCUCGGGAAGAUGAUGAUCUGGAGACUCUGGAAAGAGAUGUAAGUGAAGAGUCUGGAUGGAAGCUUGUUCAUGGGGACGUAUUCCGGCCUCCACGCAGUUUAGUUCUACUUUCGGCUGUUGUUGGCACAGGUGCUCAGCUUGCACUGCUUGUUCUGCUUGUCAUAUUAUUGGCAAUUGUUGGAAUGUUGUAUAUUGGGCGAGGAGCAAUUGUCACAACUUUCAUAGUUUGUUAUGCUCUUACAUCAUUCAUUUCGGGGUAUGUGAGUGGUGGGAUGUACUCGCGCAAUGGGGGAAAAAGCUGGAUAAAGUCGAUGAUCCUCACAGCAUCUCUUUUUCCAUUCAUGUGCUUUGGGAUUGGUUUCAUCUUGAACACGAUUGCUAUAUUCUAUGGAUCCCUUGCAGCUAUUCCCUUUGGCACAAUGGUGGUGGUUUUCAUCAUUUGGGCUUUCAUUUCUUUCCCUUUGGCACUUCUAGGUACAGUUGUUGGAAGAAACUGGAGCGGAGCUCCAAAUAACCCAUGUCGUGUGAAGACCAUUCCUCGUCCAAUCCCUGAGAAGAAAUGGUACCUCACUCCAUCUGUAGUCUCAAUGAUGGGAGGUUUGCUGCCCUUUGGUAGUAUAUUCAUUGAGAUGUAUUUUGUCUUCACAUCCUUCUGGAAUUACAAGGUGUACUACGUGUAUGGCUUUAUGCUGUUGGUUUUUCUGAUUCUCAUUAUUGUCACUGUGUGUGUGACAAUUGUGGGAACUUAUUUCUUGCUAAAUGCUGAGAAUUAUCAUUGGCAGUGGACUUCAUUCUUCUCUGCUGCCUCAACAGCUGUUUAUGUGUAUUUGUAUUCAAUAUAUUACUACCACGUGAAGACUAAAAUGUCAGGUUUCUUCCAGACCAGUUUCUAUUUUGGAUACACCCUGAUGUUUUGUCUUGGUUUGGGAAUCCUCUGCGGUAAGUGUUUGCAGCUUUCAUUUGGUUCUUUUAUUCAACUAUUUGUAUUUGUCUGUGUCAACACUUUUUGGUGUUGCGUUUGGGAAAUGCUAUGUGUAAUUAUAAACGUAAUAUUGACUGGUGUCUGUAGUGCAUCAAUGGUUCUGAAGGUUAAUUUCAUUAGCAAAUUUCAUCAUCUGCUUGAAAUUGGAUCAAAAUUCCAAAUUUCAAAAAUAUUUUUGCCUACAAUUUUCAAAUAUUGGAAGGUUAUUUACAACUAAUCCCUUGACUGAAGGCUAGAUCUUCUGCCGAAGAAUUGUGGGUGUGGUUGGAAAUCAAAGCUUGUACAGAAAGAAACAAAGAACUGCACAACUAGUACAUCUCUGGUUUUUUGGAUUGUGCAGGGGGGGAAUAGAAGGGCCUUUGAAGAGAGGAAUGCUCUCUUGUUAAGGCUCGAGGACAGAUGGCUAAGAGGCUGAAAAUUUUGUAUAGCGGAAAUUGUGAUUUGGAUGUACAUGCCAUCUUAAGCCUUUUUGACUUGCCAAGGAGGUUGGCUCUCCUUGGUCUCUUGCUGAUGAGUUUACACUGUUUUACAGAUUAAAAAAUAUAUAGAUAUAAUGGAAGGUUGUGAAGGAACUAACUGACCUUGAUCAAAUUUAUGAGGGGGCUUAAAUUCGCCGGAAAAGCUUGAAGUUUCUGAAAUCCCGUUGAUUUAAAAGCUAGUUUUUGUUUAGGUCCUAUAUAUCUUGGAGAACCUGUUUUUCCCCUUUAUUUGUCUAUCAGAUUGACUUGAGCACAAUGAACAUUUGUGCCUGCUUUGGCCACACCUUUUGUGUUUUUCCUGGCAAUUGUAAUACCCAUGGAAUUCUUCCUUUUCUGCAUGUCGUGCAAUUUUAAUGAUGUCUCUCUUUGAAUCCGCAGGGGCUGUUGGCUACCUAGGUUCUGCUUUGUUCGUGAGAAGGAUUUACAGGAACAUCAAGUGUGACUAAGUCUUCUCGAAAAAGAAAUAGAUACAAUGGUGCUUCCCCAAGCUUUUGAUGGGAUAGAAUAAGCAUUUUAGAGGAAGCCUCAGGUCACGUAUUGGGGACCCAGAAGACAUUUACAGAUAGAAAUCACAAGGUUUUGAAGAUGGGGUUGUAUGUUUGUCUUGGACUAGGGAAGGCCCCGAGAUUUUUUUUCCCGGCUUAUUGUAAUUGAAAGCCUUGUCAAGUUAAUUUAGAAUGCAGACAUUGUUUUAUAACCCGGACAAAAGCCUUAGCUAUUUUUCCUUCAAUCCUCAACAAAUAGAUGGCCAAUGUAAGGACUGCUGCAGGACCGCAUUUUUCCUCUCCUUCCCUGUUGCACAUCUUUUGGGAGAGGAACACCGAGGGGAAGGACGCGGAAAAUGCAUAUUGUGGUUGUGAAUUAUAUGUGCACGUCUAGUCGAUUUUUAUCGAUAGUUUUGAGGA